CACGUCCGCUGCAGCCUUUGUCUUGAAUAUUUGCAUUUGUUUGAACUAUCUCGUUCUGUGAUUGAUGGUUCUUGUAAACCACCAACAGACAUGUGAAUUAUGAAACUGAGAACAGUGCGCUUGCUCCAAGUUCAUGUUGCAGCGAGAUCGCGAAGCAAGGAAACUCAAAAUUUCCUCUUAAAGAGAUGAGUUCAAACAUUAAAUCGAUGCGGGACAGAACUCCGAAGUGCUCAAUUGUCCUCAGCAAUGUCUUAGCGAUUGUGUUUCGGCCGACAUCAACAGUACACAACUGCGAAAAUAUUCGCAAAGACGAUUCGUCUGAAAGCGGUGAUUCUAAACCGUCGCAUCAACUCAACGGAUUAGAAUUAUUUCACGAGUUCAAAGAGGCCAACAGAUCUACAAUGCUGACAAGGCUAACGGAAAGUUUGGGCGAGAUUCGGCUUAAAGGCUGGGUUUUUCCGUUCACAUUGCUGAUCAAGGGACCACACGAAGAUGUGGAAGUGAUCAAGGAAGCAUGGAGACGCCAUUUUCUCCGGAGCCCGGAUAAUUUUAUAAUCAAAGAUAUAGGCGCCGUCAGCUCUGUUGGUAUGGAAGUAAUCCAACAAGCUCCAUUCCUUCCAUUAACCAAGUCUCUGGUGGAAACCAUAGCUGCUCUGAAUAGCAGUCAGUUGACAGCCACACAGCAAUCGAUUGCCGAAUACCUGGCAAGAACUUACCAAUAUGUACACGUGCCAAAACUGAACGUAAUUCAUGACUGCCUUGGAAUUCUGAUCAAGGAGCGCAGAAUUUACCACACAGGAAACGGUUACUUCGUUAACGGUCAUAACCCUUUUAACAAACCCACAGACGCGCCGAAAGAAAACGGUGAGGCUCAAAGCGUGAAAGACUCAAAGUGCGUGGCGUGUGAAGUGAUUUCGAAAGGGAAAUCAACGAAAAAUGAAAAAACCAAGAAAAGAGGGAAAGGAAAGGUGGAGGGCGAUGUGAAGGAGAAGGAAAAGGAAAAUGAGAAGAUCAGAGAGGGUGUCAAAUUGGAGAGAAAAACCUCAGUAUCUAACACUGAGACUGAAGAAACAAGAGAUGUGAAGUCGUUGACACCGCAAACAAAGGAGGAGACAACAAAGCCUUUGAGUGAAACAGCGAGCGAGACAAGCAGCGAAGGAACAAAUAAGAAGCCCAAGAAACAAAAGAAAGGUGUACUCAAUCAGAUUUCCUGCUUUAUAAAAGGCAAAACACUUUCUUCUGCAGAGGUAUCUGAAGAUGCUAAACAGGAGCCAAACACUCCUUUACCCACCCCUCCCUUUCAAGUCUCGGAGCGACAGGCACCGCUCGCUGCUCCAGAGAACAUGUCGCCCUACCUGAUAAGAAACGAAAAGAGUGUCACCCCACAACUAAGACAUGUAAGGACUAUGUCUGCCCCAGUGGGACAUUCAUCUUUGUCUGUGCCACCUCAGAAGCUUCAAGAGUCCAAUGAACGAGAAAUCAAAACACCAACUCCGAAUCUCCGGGAGCUUGGCAGAAGUAAAUCCUUUUCUGCCACAGAAAAACGCCCCCAACUUGUGAUGCGAAGCAAUUCAUUCACUGCUCCAAGCACAGCAACCAGAGUCGCUCGACAGAUUUCGACUGUAGAUGCUCCGGUUACUUGGGAUCGACCACGGCCAAGAAUUAACUACGGAGACAUCAUUCGGAACGCACCGGGGAGACGAACAAUCCAUAUCUCUCAACCAAAUUCGUACAAUAUGGGGAUUAUCAGACCUGUGGAUAUGACGCAACAACGACCGCUAUCACGAAACAGCUCCAUCACAAGAGAAAUCCCCCGGAAGAUAGAAGGAUCAUUGUCAUCUUCCAAUGUCCCUCGGUCUUUCGCCUCUCCUUUGAGCGCUCCUCGUUUAAAAGAAAACUCAAAUCAUGCCCGUGUCCCUGUGAUGCGCAGCAAGUCUUUCACGGAACCAGGCAUAACGAGGCUUGCUAACCGACAGUUUUCCCAUCGCCAAACGAUGGGGUCGCAUUACGAGUCUCCUCUGCAGCAGCUGCUGGCGCGAAAGACCCCGGGCUACACUUCCCCUCCAAGUACAGUUGUGCGUGUGACAGCUGCUCCUAAAGGCGUUAGGUAUCAUGUCCCGGUCAAACACUCUCCUGCCUCGCUUAAGAGGGCCACACCCAGCACAUCCGCCCGGAAGCAGCAAAAACAACCCUCAGCUUUGCCUAAAAGCGGAACUCCUCGAGAGAAACCACGCCCACGCACCCAUUUCUCUUCGCCCAUCAGCUAUGACACGAACAAACUCGAUGACAAAGGCAACAACUCCUUGUGUAAUGGCAAUAUAAACAAUGCUGGCGGAGAAGCCAAAUCUCAGGCUCCAGUCUUUCAGCCAAACUACAAUUUUCAACAAGCCUGUGCGCCAUCCGAUGGAGUCAGUAGUGAACACAUUUGUCUAGAAGAAAUGUCGUCAACUUCAGCUUCCGAGGUAACUUUGAUUGAGGAACGUGACUGGUGCACGGAGACUAGGAAUGACAAUGAAGGCAAACCACAGAACCUAUACAAAAAAUUCACUGAGGAGACUGUAAAUGAUAGUUUAACAUUUAUUGGUAUUAUUUAGGUGAUGUUAAGGCUGGUACUGAUUCGCUUAAUACUAGAGCUUAUUGCAGUUUUCAUCAGCAAAUAGAGCAAUCAACCGGUUAAUCUUAGGAAAAAAUACUUCCUUUGUGUUCCUCUAGACCGUCGUGCUAUGCUAAACAAAAAAUAAGUGUGCUUCUUCGGAGAUAUACUAAAUUCGACACAGCAAUAGUGUUUUCAGAUGGUAACAAAAAAAUCAAAUUAGAUGAUUUUGUAGUCUAUUAGAAUUAGAAAAGUUGUCAAAUUUUAUAUUCAUAUGAUUUAUAUUUCUAGGGAGGAUUAUAUAGAAAAAUGGAGGACGUUUAUUUUUUAAAUGAUUCUCGUAACAGCUUUUUUGUAAAUAAUUAUGUGAGACAAUCAUAGUAGUGUAAACCGCUCUACUGCGAUUGCAUUUUUAAUAGAGGUGCAGAUUUUAAAAUUUUCAAAACAGAUAUUUGAUACUAAACGAACUUUUGGCCCCCCAAAAUAAGUCAGUGAAGACUGAUUCCUUAGACUAAUCACUCUAGAUUUCUAUGCGUACUAGUUGGUUCGGGUUUCUCCCUCACCAACCAUAGCACGAUAGAUAUUCUUAGCUUGUACGGCCUAGCUGUCGAAGAUCCAUCAUUUGUUAAAUCAAGUUAAAUGUAAUACUUUUUUUCUUUUUUGAAAUGUUCUUGAACUCGGGUCUAGCGAAUCGUGAGUUUUUUUAAUCGUAUUUCCUGAGUAAAAGUAUUACUAAAUAACAAAAUGAUCCUCAAAAUGAACUGAAAUUGCAGAAAUGAAGGCUGAAACAAAUUCGGGCUUUGGCCUGAGCCUGUGCCUACAAGGGAGCAAGGGAGAAAAAUACUGGUUCUCUUGUUGGGAGCUAUCAACGUCGUUCCCAUGGCCUUUUCCCUUAUUUGGGGGUGAGGCGCCCCACCCCGAAGUAAGAGAAAAGGCAAUGGGAACGAGAUUGGGUAGCUGUUACCAUUUAAUACAUCUCACCAUAGGCCUAAUUUGGGUGGCUUCUUUGUUCCCUACAAAGGAGUCUGGUCACAGAUAAAUGGAGUAAUCCUUAAUUUGACCUGUGGAUAAUAUCACUGAAAUUGAACACCGACCGUCUCAUUUUUGAACAACAAAUUGCCCGGACAAAUUCCUCCCUUCACCUCUACUCGUUUCGAUCUUCCGUACUAUUCUUGAAACUUAACACACAAACAAACAAACAAACGAAGAAACAAACAAGCAAACAAACAAACAAACAAUCCUUCUCUUCUUUGACAUUGCUUACGAAUUUUCCGACCGCAGAAAUUCGAGAAAUUUCGGAAUUAUAUUGCUUAAGGUUAUGCUCCAGAAAAUAACAACCGGGAUCUAUGUUAGUGUGAACUUCCAUUUGCGUUGAUGCAUCGUUCAUACACUGUUACGUUAAUGGCAAUUCCAACGAAAAUCGUUGAAGCCUUGAUCUGUCUCAAGAUAAAUAGCAGUAGAGAUUUCAUGGAUGUAAUUAGAAAUUUUAAAAAUGAAGGAUAAUGAAGGUUGGUGAAAUUCAAGAGAGUCAAAACAACACUGAAUGUUCGCCAUUUAAGAUUUCGUGUGGUAUUUCCAAAUGUGUA